AUGGGAGAAAGCUCUAAUGUGCCCGGUCUUUGCAAUGAAGUCCUGAUUCCUUCACCGCAGCAGUUUGGCAUCGGGCGUUCCACAGCAACCGCAACACAGGUUAAAGCUCACACUAGUGUCAGCAGCAAGUUGUCUUCAUUUCAGGGAAAAAGGAAAAAACAAGGCAUCACCGAGCUUUAAAAGAGUGGUCUUCUUAGCGCAUUUUGAAGAUAAAGAAAUUGUGAAGACCCACACAGCUCAUUUGAGGUUAGCUCCGGAAGAAUGCAACGUCAACGACGUAGCAAAGUUAGUGAAAGAAUAUCUGAAUAUGGACGAGGAUUUAGUGAUCAUGGACGUCCAUGGCUUUGAAAUAAUGGACAGUGAGUCGACAAGGGGUAAGCUUUUUUUAACAGAUAAGCCACUUGACGAGCUGUUUGCUGAUUGGGACGCAUAGAGAUAUGUAUGUGGUUUCAGUUAAUGACCUGAUAACAGCCACUUAUAUCUAAUUAGCACACUUGAAAUUUAUAUUUUGGCUUUAACGUUUUUCUUUAUUUAACUUCUCCCUUGAUGUCCACACAGCCACCAUCAGCCAAAUGUGUUCCCAUACAGUGUCACUAACUCACAAGAUCUGAUAAGCACUUCUACUCUUUUAGUUGCUUUACAUUAAUUUUCAUUGCACGUUAAAUUUGGGUUAUAUAUUUAGGUAGCGACUUGCUGUAAAGUUUUUCUAAUCUAUAUACAUGUCUGCUCACAAUUAUAUAUUAAGAAUUUAAGGAUAAUUUAUCUACUGAUCACUUCUGGCAGUUAAAGGGUUUAAGUCAUAAGGUUUCGAUCAGCUAAUGAGAUGCCAGAUUAUUUUUUUGGACUGACACACGAUACCAAAGAAGCGUAACAAAGCGCUGUAAAAGUGAAACUACUGUAUAGGGCAAUUAGAAAAGUAAAAAUGCUCAUAUCAAUCGUUUGAAAGUGUAUUUUUUUCCUUUUUUUCAAGGCGAGGAUUUCUGGAAUGUUCCAGCAAAAAAAAUCUACGCCAUUACCCUCUCUGAUUACCAAAAGAAAAAAAAAAAGCGGAUAGGAGCAGAGGGAAAAACAAAAGAUAUAAACCAGAGAGAGAGCCUUUGGAUUUGA